AUGGCUCUGCUCCUUCCAAUCCCUGGCCCUUCAAAUUCAAGGUGGUCGGAAGAGGCAACUGCAAUUAGUCCGGGGUUUGGGGUGUGGUCGCGUCCCGGGAGCACGCUCUGGGGAGUCUUCUUGAGACUCCAUCCCUACGAAAAUGCCAAAAACAGAGGAAGAAGAAGAGGACAGGUUUGCUGCUGGGUGCCCAAUGCUGUGUACACCCACUCCCACACCCGAAGUAGUGAACAAGGAGGAGGAGGAGGCUCGACGCAGACGCAGUGGAAACCGAAAUCUGGGGCUGGGGGGAAGCGAAGGGAAGCGGUGGAGGCAGUGGGCGACGCCAUAUCCAUUGUUAACGAGAGGAUUAGGCGGGAGCAGAGCAAGAGAGAAACGAGAACGGUGAUGGAGUCGGAGGAGGCUGACAAGUACAUAGAGUUGGUGAAGCAACAGCAGCAGAGGGGGCUUGAGAAGCUCAGAGGAGAUGCUAGUUACAAGGUCGACCCCUACUCUCUUCGUUCUGGGGACUACGUCGUUCACAAGAAGGUCGGCAUUGGUCGAUUCGUUGGGAUUAAAUUCGACGUUUCCAAUUCCACCGCGGAGUACGUCUUCAUUGAGUAUGCCGAUGGCAUGGCUAAGCUUCCUGUUAAGCAGGCCUCUCGCUUGCUCUAUCGUUAUAGUCUCCCAAACGAAACCAAAAGGCCCCGCACUUUGAGCAAAUUGAGCGACACUAGUGUAUGGGAGAAAAGAAAGACCAAAGGCAAGAUUGCCAUUCAGAAAAUGGUUGUUGAUUUGAUGGAGUUGUAUCUACAUAGACUCAAACAAAGACGGCCUCCCUACCCAAAGACUAAUGCCAUGACUCACUUUGUUUCUCAGUUUCCUUAUGAGCCCACCCCUGAUCAAAAACAGGCUUUCAUUGAUGUUCACAAAGAUUUGACAGAGAGAGAAACCCCAAUGGACCGCUUAAUUUGUGGAGAUGUUGGCUUUGGCAAAACUGAAGUUGCCCUGCGUGCCAUCUUUUGUGUAGUUUCAGCAGGGAAACAAGCUAUGGUUCUCGCACCCACAAUUGUUUUAGCCAAGCAACAUUUUGAUGUUAUUUCCGACCGGUUUUCUGUCUACUCAAAUAUCAAGGUUGGACUUCUGAGCAGGUUUCAGACUAGAGCAGAGAAAGAGGAGCAUUUGGACAUGAUUAAAAAUGGUCGUUUGGACAUAAUUGUUGGGACUCACUCACUUCUUGGAAGUCGCGUUGUGUAUAAUAAUCUGGGUUUGCUUGUGGUUGAUGAAGAGCAGAGGUUUGGCGUCAAACAAAAAGAGAAGAUUGCUUCAUUCAAAACAUCAGUGGAUGUUCUUACUCUAUCUGCAACACCUAUACCACGUACCCUGUAUUUGGCCUUGACUGGCUUCCGUGAUGCUAGUUUGAUUUCAACUCCACCACCAGAGAGAGUCCCUAUCAAAUCCCAUCUUUCUGCAUACAGUAAAGAAAAGGUUUUAUCAGCAAUUAAGCAUGAGCUGGACCGAGGUGGCCAAGUGUUUUAUGUAUUGCCUCGUAUUAAAGGACUUGAAGAAGUGAUGGAGUUUCUUGAACAGUCAUUUCCCAAUGUUGAAAUAGCUAUUGCACACGGGAAGCAAUAUUCAAAGCAGCUAGAGGAAACCAUGGAGAAAUUUGCACAAGGUGAAAUCAAGAUUCUUAUAUGCACUAAUAUAGUAGAAAGUGGGCUUGACAUUCAGAAUGCAAACACCAUCAUCAUUCAAGAUGUUCAACAAUUUGGCCUUGCACAGUUGUAUCAGUUGCGUGGAAGGGUAGGGCGGGCAGAUAAGGAAGCUCAUGCGCACUUAUUUUACCCGGAGAAGUCACUACUAACUGAUCAAGCACUGGAGAGACUUGCAGCUCUUGAGGAAUGCUGUGAACUCGGGCAAGGUUUCCAACUUGCAGAGAGGGACAUGGGAAUCAGAGGCUUUGGUACCAUAUUUGGUGAGCAACAAACAGGGGAUGUUGGAAAUGUUGGCAUUGAUCUCUUCUUUGAAAUGCUCUUUGAGAGCCUGUCCAAGGUUGAUGAACACCGUGUAGUUUCAGUUCCUUACUGGUCCGUUGAGAUUGAUAUAAAUAUAAGUCCUCAUCUCCCUUCUGAGUACAUAAAUUAUCUGGAGAAUCCCAUGGAGAUAAUUCAGGAAGCUGAGACAGCUGCUGAGAAAGAUAUCUGGAGUUUGAUGCAAUAUGCUGAGAAUUUGCGCUGCCAAUAUGGGAAGGAGCCACCGUCCAUGGAGAUUCUUUUAAAGAAGCUGUAUGUGAGGAGGAUGGCAGCCGAUCUUGGAAUAACCAAGAUAUAUGCUUCAGGAAAGAUGGUUUUUAUGAAAACAAGUAUGAAUAAAAAGGUUUUCAAGCUGAUUACAGAUUCAAUGGUUUCUGAUGUUCACCGAAAUUCUUUGGUUUUUGGGGGUGAUCAGAUCAAGGCAGAACUUCUCCUAGAGCUACCGAGAGAACAACUCCUAAAUUGGAUCUUUCAAUGUUUGGCUGAACUUCAUGCUUCCUUACCUGCUCUGAUAAAGUCAUCACAGAUUGAUGCUAGCAAUGAAUGUAUUAUAACUGUUUUCCUUCUUCCCUUGGUGGGUUGGAUUCUGAUCAAGACUGCAGUUACUUGUGAAAUAGCUGCUGCAAGUGGCUCUUUAAGAGGGAUACAGAUUUGGCAGCGAAAUUCCCAUUCUCAUGCAUACGCAUACGCGUACGCAAAUCCUAUUUGUGUAAGGAAGGAUCAUAUGUCCUACUAA